GCAGCGACCCGAAAUGUUCGCUGGGCAAAGUUCCGAAAGCAGUGCUCCGAAUUGGAAGAAGAGUACUCUAAUCGUCAAUGGAAAAUCGUGCGUUAAUUAACGGCAUCCAGUAAUACAGUGCCAGGCAUUAGCAGCUCCGGGAAAAGGGCUGUCGCGUGCGCGUUAAAAUCGGUCCAAUCUAGUCGCGAAUUGCGAAACGGUUCGGUGUGCAAAGGUUGAAACAGAUCGCCACUCGCUGAAUGAGCACGGCUGCGGCCAUCUUGAAAGUGAGGCACCACAAACACACGCACAAACGUAGACACGUACGUACGUGCGCCGCGCACAUACACACAAACGUCGCCUUAGCCGCUCGGCCCCGCCGUGUGUCGUGAAGAGGAGUAGGGGGCUCUCUCGCUCUCGCUCUCGCUCUCUUUUGCUUCGCAAACUUACCGUGGUUCCUGUGUUUGCGGUCGGUCGGAAAAGAAAAACCCCGAGGAAACGGAGCAGCAUAAAUCCACGAUUUGCAACCAACACACACACACGCACACACGCGGCCAUCCGUCUCGUCAACUUCCAGCACCGGCGGAAGCUCUCGGCAUACAGGGCUGCUCCUUCCACCCCCCACCGCCGCACCAUUUUUGUUGCCGUACCGGAACAACGCGUUUCUUUUUCCUCCAUGGCUGGCAUUAGAUGCUGGAUCUAGGAAGGCGCAGAAAAAAAGAAACCCCCACCCCCCCCCAAUCAUCAGUAGCAGCAGCAGCAGGAGCAGAAGCUCAUUCGCCCCGUACAUAUUCGCCAUCGGUUGCCCUCUCGGUGUGACCACAACCGUACACAGUGCAAAAGUUGGGAACGAAAAGGGUAACGAGCUGAACGAUUGCAUCCGAAAGGAGUACAUUCUGCGGAGCUCAAAAUUACCCCCAAGCGUUUCCGUUCCGACAUCGGUGGAACAGAGUGGAGCAGCAGCGGCAGCAGCAGUAGCAGCAUAAGAAUCUGGAGCGAACGGGAGUGCGGCGACGGACAGGAAGUUGUUGAAGCGCGCGCCAGAACCAUUCCGGAGGCCCGUUUUGCAUGAGUAGAUUAUGUCUGAUAUCUGUGAGCAGAUGUGUACAUAGCCAUGGCUGCGACGCGAAAGUUGCAAGGUGAAAUCGAUCGGUGCCUGAAGAAAGUCACUGAGGGUGUAGAAACGUUCGAAGAUAUCUGGCAGAAGGUUCACAAUGCUACCAACAGCAAUCAAAAGGAAAAGUAUGAAGCAGAUCUCAAGAAGGAAAUUAAAAAGCUGCAGCGGUUGCGCGAUCAAAUCAAAUCAUGGAUCGCAUCCGGCGAGAUCAAGGAUAAAAGCGCUCUGCUGGAAAACCGUCGGCUCAUAGAAACCCAAAUGGAGCGGUUUAAGGUGGUCGAACGGGAAACGAAAACGAAAGCCUACUCGAAGGAGGGCCUUGGCGCGGCCCAGAAGAUGGAUCCGGCGCAGCGGGAAAAGGAAGAGAUUAGCACGUGGCUAACGUCGUCCAUUACCUCGCUGCAGAUACAGAUCGAUCAGUUCGAGUGCGAGGUCGAGUCGCUGCUCGCCGGCAAGAAGAAAAAGCUCGACAAGGACAAGCAGGACAAGAUGGACGAGCUGAAGGGCAAGCUGGAGCGGCACAAGUUCCACGUCACGAAGCUGGAGACGCUGCUGCGGAUGCUCGACAACGACGGCGUCGAGGUGGAGCAGAUCAAGAAGAUCAAGGAGGACGUCGAGUACUACAUCGACUCGUCGCAGGAGCCCGACUUCGAGGAGAACGAGUACAUCUACGACGAUAUCAUCGGGCUGGAUGACGUGGAAAUCUCUGGCAUCCCGGUGUCGACCGGUACGGAUAGCAAUAACAGCAACGAGACGGCAGGUUCGCCAAGCAGUCUAAUAUCGGGAACUAGUCCGGCGCAGUCACCGGUGCUAAACUACAGUGCCAGCACGUUACACAAUCACAGUAGCGAUCUGUCCGCCGAUAACAACAAUCUGAAUGAGAAGCGUUCGAAGAGCGAGGGCACGAAGAUUACGCCGGUGAAACCGACCGCAAUCCGCGCUAGCAAGGUGGACCCGUCCGUCACCGCUGUCAGCAAUGCCGUCAACAAUAACGGCAGCAGCAAUAGCACCAGUAAUAAUAGUAGUAGUACCACUAUUAGCAACAACAAUACGUCCAAGACCGGGCUAAUCAGCUCGACGCCGAGCAAAAACCACGCGAAUGCUGCCGCGCCGCUACCCACCAUGCUGGUGCUACCGCAGCCGCCCAACAGUGUACCGAUCAUCGGGCCCGCUUUUGCUGCCGUUGCAAAACAACAUCCCAAAAAUGGUUCUAUACUCCAACCCAGCACGCCCACGACAGGUGCUGGCGCAUCGUCCGCAUCGUCGACAAGCGGGCCACUGCAAACGCAAGCACCGAAUUCAUCGAAUGUCUUUAGCAGCCUCAGUCAGAUUAUUAAUACAUCUCAAACUAAGCUUAGUCAGCAGCAGCAGCAACAGCAAACGCCGAGUAGUCUACCGAGUGCUGCAGCCGUUGUCGCCGCCGCGAAUAGCAGUAGUGGUGGUGUGCCGUCUUCGACACAGUCGAACGCAUCUUCACAACAGCAGCAGCAGGCGCAGCAGGCGCAGCAACAGCAGCAGCAAGCACAGCAGCAGCAGCAGGCCCAGCAGCAGAUUCCUCCCGGUCAGAAUUCCAUGCUACUUCACAAUGCCCUGUCGUCGGCAUCGAGUACGGAGAGCAACAAUCAUGUAAUGAGUACAUCGUCCGCGUCUACCAUCAGUAGUAGCGGGGCGAACGUUAUUAAUAACUGUGUCUCUCCCAGCAAUUCCGCAGUCAGUAGCAGAGCGUCACCUAGCUUGAUGUCACCUCCGCAGCAGCAGCAACAGCAGCAACAGCAGCAACAGUUGUUGAACGGUCCCACAGCACUCGCGCAAGAAGUGAUAAAUAGAACGGGAGUUCUCGAAACUGGCCCAACCGCCAACCCGAACGCGUUAAUGCAGCAGCAGCAGAGCCAACAGCAACAAUCGUCGAAUACCCAGGGUGCAGCGGCGGUCGCGGCAGCCGCAGCCACCACUGCGCAACAAGCUGCAGCGGCGGCAGCGGCAGCAGCAGCGGCACAAGCAUCCGCAUUUGUCGCGGCGGCUGGUCAGCUACAGCAGCAGCAGCAACAACAGCAGCAGCAACAGCAACAACAACAGCAGCAGCAACAAUCGCAACAGCAGCAACCACAACCACAGCCAGCAGAUUCGAGACAGGCUGGGCCAGUUCCUUCGAAUCAAACGCCCCAACCACAGUCCGGUGGCGGUGGCGGCGGCGGCGCCGGCCAGUCGUUAAUGGUCGACGCGAGCGGCGUGCCGGCGGGAGCCAACGCGGGCAACAACCUGUUGCCGACGUCAUCGGCUACUGCCGCCAUCACGAACGGACCGAACACGAUCAUCAACACUAACUCUAGUAUUUCGAACGCCGCCAACGUGAACAGUGGUGGUGGCGGUGGCGGCGGCGGCCCCGGAGGCAUGAAGCCGUCGGCCGGUACGCACGAGGCCUGCAUACCGCCGCUACUCGGCGUGGCACCGCUGGGCACGUCCAAGCUGCAGAAGGAGCAUCAAAUACAAUUCCAACUCAUGGAAGCCGCCUACUAUCAUCUGCCAACACCAAGCGAUUCAGAGAGGCUAAGGCCGUACUUGCAACGUCAACCUGUCCAAACUCCACCGCACUAUCCACAGCAACAACUUCCACAUUCUGAAACGGUUGAGUUUUUCCAGCGUCUGUCACCCGAAACGCUCUUCUUCGUGUUUUACUACAUGGAGGGAACGAAGGCUCAAUAUCUAGCCGCGAAGGCGCUGAAAAAGCAGAGCUGGAGAUUUCAUACGAAAUAUAUGAUGUGGUUUCAACGCCACGAAGAACCGAAAGUGAUCAACGAAGAAUACGAGCAGGGAACCUACAUCUAUUUUGACUAUGAAAAAUGGGGCCAGCGUAAAAAGGAAGGGUUUACGUUUGAAUACAAGUACUUAGAAGACAGGGACCUGAAUUGAUCUUUACAGAUUACGGAACUCCUUUUUUAAAAAAUAUGUGGAAAAAAACAAAAUGAAGCGAAAAAAAUUGAUCAAUAAAAACUAUAAAAUGUUCUGAAAACAAACCAAUCCCCAAAAAACCACCCCCCCAAACCCCAAACGGGGGCGAAACAACCGCAACCACCACUCACACCCAACACACAAAGAGAAACAAAACAAAAAACGAAAAAUCACUGGCUAAUGCAGUACAGUUUCGGUGGAGGAAGUCUAUCGUGCUUGAAGGAAACAACAAGCGGCGGCAAACAACAAGCAACGCGCUUCUUACUACCGACAUACCGUAUCAAUCAAUGCAUACGUUCCCAUACUGCAAAAAGAGCCUCCGUUUCGUUGUUCAAUAUCCACGACAACAGUUGAAUGGUGAAGAUUGAAUGAUCAUCGAUACUCUGCGUUAACGCAUACAUGUACAAACGGCAUUUCCCUUUGAAAUGGGUCCCUCACCCUGUUGAAAGUAACAUCCCACGACUUUCCGCCGUGUGGAACUUGCAAAGACUCCGAUUUAAAAAUGAUUGCCUUUGGUUCUCUCUUCGUUAAGCUUUUCAUUCUUUCUUUGUUUUUUAGAAAAAGGAAGCUUCCACCAUCCUGUACAUAAAUCAGCGGUGCUCGUCGUCUGUCCGUGGGCCGUAUUUUCGGCACGAUUUUGGAAGCCGCCGGCACAGCCGUGUGGAUGCAGAUGCACUUUUGCAUUUUCAAACGGCAGCGGAGGCAUAUACGCUGGCUGCCAUCUGUAUCUCGUUGUUUCUCUUGAACGUUUUGGGAAUGUCAAUUGGCGCUGGUGUGAAUAGAGUUUGUGUGUGGUGUGCCUCAUCGUGAGAGAUCGGUCCCCCAGCUACGAACAAUGUUUUAGUGAAAUCGUAAACCUUUAGAAGCAAAAGAAGAAAAGAAAACAUACACAACGUAAAACCAUAACAUAAUCCAUGAUUGAUUGAUGAUAGAGAAUAGAUUUUAAAAGUUCAAAGUGAAGCAAACAAGAAAAAUAUGUGUAAAAAAGAUACAAAACAAAACAAACCCCAAGCAAGCAGGCAAAAAUUAGCGGCAAACACAAAAAGAAAGUAAGAGAAAAACAAAAAAGUAUGCAAACACACAAACAUCGUCAUCAUCCCCCUUCCUAAACGAGCGCGUUCCAUUGAGGAAGUAAGCAUUAAAGAGAUAUUUUGUAGCUGAAAAAACACAGAUCGAUCGGGCGGUUUAUGUGCACGUUUGCCAUCUCCCGCCGCCUUCGUUCGUGUUGCCGUUUUAGGAAGGGUUUAAUGAUUUAAAAAAAAAACGGAUUAUUUCAUCUGCACAGCUCAGCACACGCGCGCUCACCCAUCCAUCAUUUGCGCCGAAAUCACCAUUGCUAUGUAAAAAGUAACUGCUAGAACCAUCUUACACGACACGACAAACCCUGUUCCCUUAAGGAUGGGGCUUUUCUCGAUUCUUCACCCCAAACAAGAAGCCCCCAUAUACGUAAGCGGGGCACACAGACACAUACACACUCACUCAUCAAUCAAACUGUCGAACGCAUACGUCCUUAAGGAAAAUCCGUGCGCUUAAGUCCAUUGCUAGCCGUUUUGGGGAAGGGUUAAACACAUGAUUCGCCGCUUAGUUUGUUGUUCAUUCAGCAAACAACGCAUCCAUCACCCUUCAACACCCACCUAGGUCUGCGUAAAAUUGGUGUUAACAUUCACAAAAGAUUCGCAGCUGCUCAUGCUCAAGUUGCUGUUUACGGUUCCUGUUUUCGUUAAGAGGUUUUUCUUUUAAAUUAAAUGUCCAAAUCUAUUUGGAGAACGUGUUAAAGAGCGAUUUAGAGCGAAACAUUUUUGUCUAAUUUCUUUGCUAAUUACGAACAAGCUCUCAGUUGAAUCGUUUGUACAAAAAGAGCAGCAAAACAAGAAAGCUAAUCACUUAAGUAAUACAACACACACAAACACACGCCCAUAGAGAAGCCUGGGGAGUUUGAGUUGCCUGUGUAUAAUAGCACCAUCACCCUUUCAUCACUCAGCAAGCAACUUCCUUUACGACAACGCGAAACCGCCCGUCGAAGAUGAAACUUGCUGCGUCCAUUGCGUCUUUGAACGCGAAGCUGUCCAUCUACGGCGUGGCGUGGUAGAUACGGACGAGGGGUAGCAACAGGGUGUAGAUAAUUACAGGAGAUAAGUGAGAAAGCAAAAGCGCUGCACACAGGAACACAGCAACAGCACAGGAACAGGAGGCGGAAACGCGGGCGAAUCGGGUAAACUUCUUUCAUCUGUUAGUUGAUUGUACGUAUAUGUGUGUGUGUGUGUGUAAAAAAAGAGAGUAGCGUGUAUGUCUCUUGGGCCAGAAGUGUAGUAAUUCGUUCCGUUUCAAAUAAGCCCGAGGGUGUACAGUACUAAAGGAGUAGGGGAAGGCGUUUGUUACUAUUGCGCGAGCGGCCGUCUCGUGUGGUGGCGCUUGUGCGCGCGGUCUCUGUUUGUGGGCUUUGAUUUGAAUUUGGUGGGGAAGUAGAGAGAAGGAUACAAAACGAAAUGCCUGCGCUUGUGUGGGGACAAUGGCAGUGCUGUUGUUGGUGCCCAAAGGGACAGGGGCGUCGUAAUAAAAGUAAAACAAACGCUCAGUAGUAAAUAACGAAACAAAAACGAAAAGUAAAUUAAAAGAAACAGAACUGAUUCCGAGUGCAAACAAGCAAAUAGAGAGCAAACAAACGGAAAAAAACAAAAGGAAGAAAUACAAAGUUUCACGAGAAAAGCCCAUCUCUUGUUUGUUGUGCUCUCUCGCUGUGUGUUGGGGUCACGAUGUUGGGGUCUGAAGCAGUGCAGAUUUAUUUUUCGGCUAAAAACUGCCAACAGAAAGACGAUCUGCCCGGAAACGAAGGAAGUAAAUUAUUAAUUCUAUCAACACAACGUUAAAAAAACAAUUGAAUGAUCACAAAGAUAGCAAGAGGGAAGAAGCGUACUAUUACAACAGCAAAGUAAGCAAACAAAAGGUGUAGAAAAUGAAAAAAAUAGAGGAAAAAUCAGAGAAAACGAGUAAAAAGAACAAAACAAAGUGAGAAAGAGGGGGAGAGGACACAAAGAAAAAAAACCCAAUACAAUCCUGUUGCUAGAAAAACACAUGCCAAGCAACUGCCACGAUUGAGAUGAUGCCGUUUCUGUGUGAGCUAAUUAGAAAUCGCUAUGCGGUUAGGGAAAACGAACGUUCUGUUUGUUUUGCCCCGGCAGCGCCUGGACAUCCUUAAGUAUCCUGCGUGUUGCGUACAGGAUGGCGCUCGAUUAAUAAGAGCGAGUCUUGUGUGUGUGUUUGAGGGAGAGAAAAAGAAGAAGUAGAAAACGAAGAAGAGUGUAGGGUUACGUUUCAGUUAAAGUAGAAACCAUUAGGGCUCCAGGAUGGAGGAGAACACUCUGAGGGGGAGAAAACGAAACACAGAGGAGGAGGACAAAACACAUUGAAACACACCCCUACACAGACACACAAACACAAUCUCCUUUAAACACGAAUGACGAUAAAUGAAUGAACAAAACAACUGCAGUAAAAUGUGAUUUAUAAUUAUAGAUAAACUGAUUGAGUAAUUAUUAACGAAAUAAAAGCUCUAUAUAUUAAAGUG